ACAUCGCAAGGUUUCGACGACGUUGGUAUGAAAUGGCAGAAACUGCUUGUGUCACGGAAGCACAAAGAUUAGGUUACGUAGAGGCUACACAUGUAUUCUGCGAUGAUCCCGGCCUGCUAGUGUGAGGGGAAACGGGAGUGUAUCCGGAGGAAGACGGGAUUAAAGAGCUGUUUUUCUCCUAAAAAAAAAAAAAAAAAAUCCGGGUUGUGUCUCCAGCAGGCAGCAGCAACGGCGACUGCGGGUCGACACUGGUGGAAUUAACCGGAGAGGGUCUUGAGAGCUCCACUUGGAUGCCCAAUCAUUGCGUUUGUCCAGGGCUUCACCAUGAACCGGAAUAAGCGUGAAAAGGAGUACUACAGUAUAGAUGUGGGCGAUUCAACUUUCAUGGUUUUAAAGCGCUACCAGAACCUCAGACCCAUCGGAUCGGGAGCACAGGGAAUCGUCUGUUCAGCGUAUGACCACAACUUGGAGAGAAACGUCGCCAUCAAGAAGCUGAGCCGGCCGUUUCAGAAUCAAACUCACGCCAAACGGGCCUACAGGGAACUGGUGCUCAUGAAAUGUGUCAACCACAAGAACAUAAUCGGCCUUUUAAAUGUAUUCACGCCACAGAAGACACUGGAAGAAUUCCAAGAUGUGUAUCUAGUGAUGGAGUUGAUGGAUGCCAACCUCUGCCAGGUGAUUCAGAUGGAGCUGGACCACGAGAGGCUUUCCUACCUGCUCUACCAGAUGCUGUGUGGAAUCAAACACCUGCACGCUGCCGGCAUCAUACACAGGGACUUGAAGCCUAGCAACAUCGUGGUGAAAUCUGACUGCACACUGAAGAUCCUGGACUUUGGCCUGGCCAGGACAGCCGCCACUGGCCUUCUCAUGACACCCUACGUGGUCACCCGCUACUACCGCGCCCCCGAGGUCAUCCUGGGUAUGGGCUACCAGGCCAACGUUGAUGUCUGGUCUGUUGGCUGCAUCAUGGCUGAAAUGGUCCGGGGUAGUGUGUUGUUUCCAGGCACCGAUCAUAUCGACCAGUGGAAUAAGGUGAUUGAGCAACUAGGGACGCCGUCUCAGGAGUUCCUGAUGAAGCUCAACCAGUCGGUGAGGACCUACGUGGAGAACAGGCCACGGUAUGCGGGCUACAGCUUUGAGAAGCUCUUCCCCGACGUCCUGUUCCCGGCUGACUCUGAACACAACAAGCUGAAAGCGAGCCAAGCCCGAGACCUACUAUCCAAGAUGCUGGUAAUAGACGCGUCGAAGCGGAUCUCUGUGGACGAGGCUCUGCAGCACCCCUAUAUCAAUGUGUGGUACGACCCGACUGAAGUGGAGGCGCCGCCACCUGCGAUCACAGACAAGCAGCUGGAUGAGAGAGAGCACACAGUGGAGGAGUGGAAAGAAUUGAUAUACAAAGAAGUGUUGGACUGGGAAGAAAGGACAAAGAAUGGUGUCAUCAGGGGACAGCCGGCGUCCAUAGGUGCAACAGUGAGCAGCAGCUCCCAGCAGCAGCACCAGCACCACACCUCCACGUCCUCCUCCACCUCUGUCAACGGCUCCUCCCUAUCUACCGACCGAACCCUGACCGACACCGACAGCAGCCUGGAGACGGCCAGCACCGCCGCCACCAUUGCUGCUGCUACAGCUACGGCUACAGUCACUGGCUCCUCAGGCUGCUGCUAUAGCCGCUGGCCCCCCGGGCUGCUGCAGAUGACUAUCAUCUCCACCUCCUCUUGGUCCUGGGCUGGGCCUCGCCCCCUGGUCACAUCCAAGACCACUCUCCUGACACUGGCUCUUGGCUCCGCCGCCUGCACCCCCCUCCCCCCACACCCUCCCUGUGCUUGUCUUCAGUAGUGUAGCGAUUAGCCAGCUAGCUGUUUGAGAAAUAUUUUGAUUUCUGAAAGGACAGAUCUUUUUUUUUUUCUUUUUUUUUUAUUACAGUUAUAGUCUUUUUUAAAUUAGGAUACCUUUUUUUGUUUGAGUCCUAGCUGUAAUUUAUUGUGGCAUUUCUUAAUUUUUUUCAGAAACCUAAGAUGAUGAUAAGAGAAUUUUUAUGAUUUCACUAUGUUCCGGUUUGUAUUAACCGACAGUGAGAAUUUAAAGAAAUAUCUGUAAAAUGUUUUAAUGUGAUCUAUUUUUCUGUUGAAAGUCAUUUUGUUUUCACUUGUAAGCUACUGCUUUUACAACUUGCCAUAUAAAUGUAGAUUGAGUUUGUACAGAUUUUAUGGUAGAUGUAGUUUUAUCUUCGAUACAAGUUUGCAGUGAGCCAUUGAAACAUAAUUGAAUUGACAGACGUAUGGUCUUAGUACUCCCCUUAUGUUUUAUCUCGACAUAAUAUGGAUAUUGUUUAAAGUUCAUAUCCAUUGAUUUUAGAUCAUUCAGAUAUACUCGUUAAAUUUUUUUAUUUUCUUGUGAGUCACUACUACUUCCUGCAUUGUAAAAAAAAAAAAAAAAAAAUCAAUGAAAGCUUUAUAAUUUACUUCAUCAAAAUGAUUUUCACACAACAUAUUGAUUUUACCUUCUGCAUUUAAGCUAUGGGAUUGAUGACGGCACAGUUAGGUUCCACAAAUAACUUUGUGAUGACUGUCUUCUGUAUUUUUAAGUGCUUUAAAGUACCUCUUCUUGUCUGCAACAGGCUGUUAUGGAACUGGAUUGGUGGUGUUGCUUUGGAGGACUGGAUGCAUGGAGCUCUUCUUCACUGGCUUGCUUUGACAGUGAGGUAUUGCAAACAGUUCAGAAUGUUUUUUGCGGGAGGUUUAUUGAGAUGUAGAUGAAUUGUGCAAGGUCGUUAAAUCGGUGACAGUGUAAGUAGAAUGUGCUUCAGUCAAGUAGGGAAUUGUGAUAUUGAGAAUGCUUGUGAACGUGUCGAUAUUGGGUGUUUUUGGAGGGACAGUGAUGGAACAGUGUGAAAGCUUCCUCCUACCAGAUCCUGUUAUUAGAGUUGAGUGUUUUGGGUUUUUUUUUUUAAUGUUGGCCAAACAUGUUGCGUACCAGACUUGCCUGCAAUUGUAAAACAAAAGAACCUGAAACUUAGCAGCACAAACAACCAGAGUCAAAAGAAAUUAUCUUACGGUAUGCAAUAAUAGUGCCCUUUUUUUAAUUUAGCAUUGAAAGGAAAAGUGCCUGUUGUUUGUCAUUCAUUCCUGAGUACAUGGGUAUUCAUCAGGUUUUUAUGGCGUCUGGUUAACAACAGUAGUUUCCAUAUCAAACCAAUAAUGUCUGAUGGGGUUGUAGUUCUCACAAAUGUAUUGUAUAUUUUUCUACUUGUUUUUGAUUUCUAUUUUUUUUUUCAACCCUCGAGCGGGAGACUGUUGUGUCUUGCAGGGUGAGAAGGUGAUGAUGUAUACGUUGAGAUGCUUAAGCACGUGUUUGAGUCAUUUCAGGAGAAAAGGCAGUUUUAUCAAGGUCUUUCAUCAAAGUAAAAAGAAGUGUUUCUUUGCAGUGACAGCAACCGAAAAAUAGGUUAAUACGAGUUUUUUGGCUUUUCUUUGAGUACUAAUUUAAUGUGAUGAUUGUAAGAGAGAAGAGAGAAAAUUCAGCUACUGGAUCAAACGAAAUGAGUGAGUCAUUAUUGUCAGUAUUUUGCAAUGGUUCUGUUGGAAUUGCGGAUUGAUGCUUUUGUUGCAAACACAUCUGAGUGGCAGAGCCAAACAACCACAGUUUUUCUGGCUGAUUCAUUUUUUAAAUUUUAAGUAACACUUGUGGUACUAACUGAAAAAAACCCAUCCAUAGUUACUAAAGUUUAAACAAGCCAUAUUAGCUGAAAGCUAUUGAGGCAAUUUGUGUAAUGGUUGGAGUCCAUGCUAUUUUCAAUUUUUGCUCAACCUAUGGCAGUUUCAUGCAGUGAUUCCGCCUGGUUGACUUGCUUCAUAACUAGACUUCUAUCUGCAGAAGAGUUGCGAUGUAUUGAACUGUCAUAGAUCAUGAGCAGGUGUUGUGGAUGUUGGCAUAAAAACCCUGUGCUAGGAUUGUCUAAACGUCUUACUCAACACCAUGUCUAGAACCUUGCCUGGUCUUUGACGAGGAUGUUUGCUCAAAGCAAAGUUGCAAGAAAGGUUGUCCUUAGACUGUAGCAUAACAUGCUGUGUGCUCUGUUCUGUGCUCGACUCAAGCAGCUAAUUAUCGUCUGUCAAAUAUGUAAGGCUAAACCUAGACGUUAAUUAACAACAUGCACUGUCUCCUUUAUUAACUUUGGGACUUGCACCAGCUAUUCGUAAAUGUAUUACUAAGUGUGUGUGUCCCUAAGUUUUUAGUUAGUUUCAAACUAAUAAUUUAGUAAAUGGGUUUGCACCAUAAAAAUUAAGGAAUGUCUUAUCCAAUAAAAAUCUUAGCAAUUGAUUGAGUUGCUAGAAAUCAUCUGGUUUAGUCAUUUAGUGUAACAUUAGCAUUACAUUGUGUAAUAAUGUAUUUUUUGUUAAUUUGGCAGUAUUUGCUUUAAAUUUCACAAAAUUCCUCAGUUUAUGCAGUUAUUAAACAGCUUUUUUUUUAUAUCAAGUAUAUGGUCAGAGUGUCAGCCAUAUAACAUUACCUCUUACUCUUCAGUCUAAAUGGUUAAUGGUCAAGCAUUAGCUUUGUCACUUAGCUACGCAACAGCUUACAUUGGAUAAAUUAUCGAGCAAGCCUUAGCUGUGUCACUCUACACUCUACACAGUAGUUAACAUUUAAAAAAUUAGCAAGCAAACAUUAGCUUUGGCUCUGAGUUACACAAUAUUUAAUAAAUUAGCAAACAAGUUAUAGCCUGGUCACUGACUGUACAUAAUAGUUAACAUUUAAUAGAUUAGCAAGCAAACAUUAGCUUUGGCUCUGAGUUACACAAUAUUUAAUAAAUUAGCAAACAAGUGAUAGCCUGGUCACUGACUGUACAUAAUAGUUAACAUUUAAUAGAUUAGCAAGCAAACAUUAGCUUUGGGUCUGAGCUACAUAACAUUUAAUAAACAAGCAAACAAGCGUUAGCCUCAUCACUGACUUUACACAAUAGUUAACAUUUAAUAGAUUAGCAACCAAAAAUGUUAACUUUGGCACUGAGCUGUUCAAUUUUUAUUAUUUAGUAUAUCAGCAAACAAGCUAUAGCUUUGUCUCUGACUCUACACAAUAGUUAACAUUUAAUAAUUUAGCAAAUAAACGUUAGCCUUGUCACUGAGCUACUAAACAUUUACCGUUUAAUAAAUUAGCAAGCCAGUGUUAACUUUGUUGCAGAGUUACACAACAAUUAACAUUAAAAUAUACAAGCCAGCAAACAUAUACUUUAUGUAAGAACUAGUUUAUGUGGUGCAACCCAUUUUAAUUUUUUGAUGCAUGAAACUACAAUUUGUAAACACCUACACUAUGAGCUUGCAAAAGAAACUUACGAACAGCUGGUGUCGCUGGCUUCUGCUCUCUUUUCCGUCACCAGAAUUUCAUUGGAAAGUUGGCUAGUAAAAUGCUUUGGCAGCAACUACAAAGCAAUCUGCAGUCAGGUGUAGAUUCCAGCAACAACAAAAAAUUAAAUAGUCCGGUGAUAAAUGUGCAGUAGUGUUUUGACAAACAAGGAGUAAAAAUUUGGGCUUAAAAAGUGACACAUCUGUGAGAAGGCAGCAAUAGCAGGGAGAAAUCCAGUGGUAUGUAUCCAUCUGCCAUAUAAGCCCAUUUGUCACAUUAGCUAUAAUAAUCAAUCCGAAAAUACACGUUGUUGUCUAAAGUGCUCUUAAUUUUCUUAGCCCAACAUUAGGGGCUUUAAUUGGAGUAUUUUGUUUUUUUUUCUUCUUCUUAGGUUGUUGUUGCUUUUUUAUAAUUACCGCAUCUCUCCAAACAAUGUCAUUCUAAUUUAAGUCGGCUUUGAUGAACUACCUCACGCUGAAUUUCUGCCAGUUCUUGCAUAUACUUAGUCGCCUGCAGAAUUAGCUGUCGAAGACGUGUGAAUAACAGAUUCCAUUAUUUAUUUAUUUGAAAGUGUACUAUUUGUCGGUUUCAACAGACUUCUAGUUUUGUACAUUAUGUAUACUUCACCUAGAAGUAAGAGAAUUGUUAUAUGUAUUUUUGUUCUUUUUUUUCGGUUUGUUUUUUUUGGGGUUUUUAAACUAAAUGUGCAAUACCUUCAGCAAACUGUGCUAGUAGUGUGUGAUGGGCCUAGCCUUUGUUAGCUGUCUCCUGAAGGUAAAGAAAAUGUUUGGUACUGUCAAUCCAUGUUUUCCUUUUUUAUGAAUAAGAUCAAUUUUUAUUUCUGUGACUUGUUUAUAGUCAUAAUGUUACGUAAUCAGUCUUACCCACCAAACAGAUCUAUCGGCCAGGGUUUGAUGCAGAGACGGGAAGUUCUUCUUGUCACAACUCAGCCGAUAGGUGUUGACUUGGAAUGUGGUAAGGACAAUAAUGUUAAUAAACACAAAAAAAGAUGAGUAAAUACCUACAAGAAAUCAUUAUAUGUAUGGUGCUGGUUUGUAAUGUUUGCUAGUGAAUCCAGCCAUGCAAGUAGUUUUAAGAAUUCCUGGAUCUGCGCGUCCCAAAAACCGCAACCAACAAAGAAGUGCACUACUAGAAUACAUGCACUGGGAUCUGAUGAUGCCACCUCUUAAAAAAAAAACAAUAAAAAAACAUGUACUGCAAAUAAAGAAAUACACUUUGA